AUGCAUGUCCGAAGUAACAGCGACACAAGUGAAAUAAAUGUUUCAGUGAGAAAUAACUACAUUGAUGGGCAUGCUGCAGAAGCCCAUUCUCCCACAGGAGAGAGUUUCUUUGCCAUAAUAAGAAAAUUUGAGCAAAACAUUCAAGAUGGACAGAAAUCGGUUCAAAAGUCCUGGUUUUAUGACAAUGAAAACCAGAAUUACCUUGUUGAUGGGCUCAGAGGAAAGACUGGUGCAAGCUCUGCCAACUCAAGUCCCCUGGUUGAAAGAAGAACUCCUCUCUUACGUCGUAGAAACUCUUUGAGAAACAACAGUUAUUUUGGGAGAGUUUUUAAAGGUUCAGGGGAUGCGAAGGGAGGAGAGGAAGAGGUUGGAGAUGAACCAUCUAGAAAAUAUUUUGCACACUAUGACUGUCGCAGUAUAACAGUUGAUUUUGAUGAGCUGGCACACACAUUUUCUGCUCAAGGUGAUGGACUUAAAAGGAAGAACACACGCUCUGGUGCUUCAGCAGCAUCAACUCAGGUUACUGCAGCAACACUUGCUGACAGAAUGCAAAGACGUGGCUCAGACUCGAGUGCAGGCACAAAUGAGGACAAUCUUCCUGACAUGGGAGAUGACAAAAGUAAUGGGCUUGUUCUGAGCUGUCCCUAUUUUCGCAAUGAACUUGGUGGUGAGGAAGACCAAGACCCUCAGAUUGGUCUAACUCCAGAUAAUGUGGCAUUUCAAAAUCUUCAUGAUCCAAUGCAUCCCAAGGAACCAAAAUUGGACACAUUGAGGAGAAGGUCAACCCUUGAUAUUCUGUUAACUGCUUAUGACUCGGCACAGGUUGGAAAUUUAAGCAGUGGAACAGGUGUGACAAUUCUUGACAACUCAACACCCGAGAGUGGUUUUUUAUAUCUUGGGGAGGGAUACUACAAUGAAGAUGGAGGAGUAUUUGAGCAUGUGGAUCAUGGAUCCUAUUAUUACAAGAACUUUUUCCUCGGUCAAGGUAUGUUAAGCAUGGCUUUGGUCAAUAUCAGGUUUGGGUAACACAUCUUAUCUAAAAAACUUUUGCCAUUAAAACUGGUUUUGUUUAACUCCAUUAACCCUUUAACCCCAAAGAAUGACUGGCUUCUAAAUUCUCCUUACAUUAUCACCCUUUAAACAUAUAUAAAGGUCAUAGGAAUAAAGGAUAUAAUCACCAACCAGGAACCUCUUGAUUGUGAAACAAAUUCUCCUUGUCAGCACCUCAGGAAAUGUAUACAGAACAGUAUUGAGAAUAUGCAUACUGAUGUUGGGGUGUAAUUAUUUAAAGUGUUAAUAAAACCAUGUGUCUAAUCUAAUUAAAGCCAAAUCAGAUCAUUCCUUUACUGUUUCUGAUCUGCUUUGUGCUUAAUGGUGCAUAAAGUCCUCUGUCAGACAAAGUGUAUCCCAUAAACUUAGUUAUCUUUAAUUAAUUGUUAAGAAAGGAGUGUUUCUCUUUUUGAAAUUAAAUCUUCACUCCAUCAUUUUUAACCAUCUUAAUUAUAAAGAGUGACCAGCUGUAAUCAAUCAUUUAGGUCAUGAAAAUUAGGUCAAUGAUCACCAACCUACAUGUAAGAAGCUGUGAAUGCAUGUUCUUGUUUUCUGAACCAAAGGAAAUGAAUAGAGAAAAGUAUAGACAUCAUCUGUAUUAAUAUUAGGGUGAUCAGUAAUGAUGUUAGGGCUAGAAAUUAUAUCCUCUGACAUUCUUUUUCUUGUUGUAGAACAUCUGAAUUAUCUUGGUAUGGAUGAGAGAUUUGGCCCUGUUGCGUUGUCCUUGAAACGAGAAAAGCUUGAUGAAAGCACUUCUCUACUAAACACAGGGGAGGCAGAAGGCAACACUUAUCAAUAUCGCAUAAUUGCUCGAUCUAGUGAAGUAAGUUUCUAAAAGUUUUGUUUUUCUUCAAAAAAAGUGAAAUUUAAUGUUAUAAGAAAUCUACACUGUUUGAGGUCUGUGUUGAAAUCUUUCACACUAUUUUUUAUGCAAGCUUUAUAUGUUUUGUGUUCAUUAUCAUUCCCUGAAACAAAGAAAAUGCUUCCGCUACUGCUUGAAUGCUUUGCAAGUUUGAUGAUCUUAAAAUGCAUUCUAAGCACUUGACAUGUAGGGUAACAAUAGGCUCUUUUAACCUUUUAACUCCCGAGAUCUGAUUGGUAAUUCUCCCCUCUGGCUGCUUCACAUUCCCUUUUAAAUUAGUCACAAGAAUUUGGUGUUAGAUCAAGGUAACAACCUCUGCCUGAUAUGUUUGACUAUUCUCAUUACCUGUUUGCUAGAUGAUGUAGAAAUAUUUUAGGGAGAAAUUACAUGUUAUCACUUUUGGAAGUUAAAGUAUUAAUUUCAAUUUUAUAUAAGGGUUUAUCCAGGCUUCUCUCAGUAAAGCUUGUCUAAAACAAUAAAGAAUUUUAAUACAGUAUUUCAAGAGUAGAAUUAAUAAUUAAUAAUUAGUUAUUAAUUCUUCAAUUGAACAAAUUUGUAGUUGACAACACUGAGAGGAAGUAUUUUAGAGGAAGCCAUUCCAUCAACUUCAAGACAUGGUUCAGCACGUGCCCUCCCAGCUAAAGAUAUCCUUGAACAUGUGAUUCCAGAGUUUCAGUUAACUGCUCUUAGGAUGGCACAACCUGGUAUAAAGGUACAGAGCUCUACUGGAAGAUACGAGACUGUGUCUAACAGAGUUUUUGCAUGAAUCUUUCAUCAGGAAUAUUACAGCUAUAAUCUCAUUGGGAUCUGGGAGCAAACCAAUAAUUAGUAGUAUAUCAUACACAGUACAAUACUACUUUUCAUUCUGAAUGGGAUCAAUUGCACUCUGGGCCCUUCUCAGCUACUCCCUUGUUUAAACAAUGAUGAAAAAAGGGAUUAAUAUUCUUAUUGGCUAUGGUUCUUGUUAUGGUUGUCUUGAUGUACAUGUUGGUUUUUAAAAUCCUCUUGUGUUAUAACUGUCACAUGAUACAAAUAUAUAGUUAUCAUGCAACAGCUGCUGUUUACAUUGAUAUUUUUUCCUCUAAUUAUUCCUUUGCAAAGAAACAAAGCCAUUUCGUCUUCAUUAUUUACAUUUUUGUAGAGUCCAGUGGUAGUGGCAUUAUAAAGCUGCUCUCAAAGGCAGCAUGGGAAAUCACAAAAAAAUUUCUUCUUUCUCCUUCUGGCUAGCUGGUAUGUUGGCUGAUAAUGUCCUUGGCUAAGAGAUUUCCCUCAAAAUUUUAAAUUUACCAUUGAAGCUUUGCUUGUUUUUCAAAUGUUCAUUUUGCAGACAAUAUCUCGGGGGUGGAUAUUAUUAGCCAAAGUACCAGGUGCCUAAAGGGUUUAUUUACUAAAUAUUUGCAUCUGAGUCAUAAAGAAGUUUCAUUGGUCAGGUGCUGUUUUUGGAGGCUGUUGGCUCACACAAUGUCUCUAUAAUCAGUUAUACUGUAUUUGCUGGAACAAGUGUGCUGGUGGUUAUUUAACUUUUCACACCUCCCUAGUGGUUAGUGUAGUUUUAUGUUUUCAUCCAACUUGCUCAGCUGACUGGUUGGAUGACAUAAAGUGUUAGUGGCCUUCUAGUUCACAAGUGGCAAAAGGAAUGAGUAAAUGAUAUUGUGCUAUUUCUUUGCACUUUUCAGGUUCCAGAACAGCUUGCAAAACUUGAUGAACAAGGGGUAAGAUACAUCUGUAAAAUUUAACCACCUUCUGUGUGCAAUUCAAGGAUUGGUCUUAUUCAGUAAUUGUCUGACUUUUUUGUGUAACAUUUUGUUUUUUUGUUUUUUCAGAUGACCAAUCAAUACAAAGUUGGUGUGUUAUAUGCAAAGAAUGGCCAGGGUACAGAAGAGGAGAUGUAUAACAACCGUGAGUAAUAGUCUAAAUUCAGUGGAAACUUCUGAAAUUUUAUUCACAGGAAAGAAGGCUGGUAAUUGUGUUUAAAGGUUUGUGCAAUAUCUCAAUGACACUUGGAAAACUAAGGAUAAAGAGGCAAGGUGUGUUUAAAGAAAAAGUGAUGCAGUGUUAGUGAUAUUUUGUGGAAAUAAAAAUAAUAACAAUUUUUACUAUAGACUACAUGUAGCAAUAACACAAUAUGAGUUUAUGAAAGCUUGCUAUUACAAAACUACCAAACAAAGGUCGCUAAAUUGGUGACUUGAACCCCAAAGUACAUAUAUUGAUUUUGUUUUUCUACUCUCCAUGGAGACCAAAAUGGUCACAGCAUGAAAUUAAGUUGGCAUUAAUCAUUUUGUAUCUGUGGGUUACCAGUAAUCAAAUUUUUGUUGUUUUGAUUCUGUAGAAACAUCAGGCCCAGCUUUCGAAGAGUUUCUUGACUUGAUUGGUGAAAGAGUUACCUUGAAAGGAUUUGAGCAUUACAGAGCCCAGCUGGAUAACAGAAGUAAGUUGUACAAUGAGUGAAGAAGUUCCUUUUUUAAACCUUUAAACCAAUAAGGGUGAGAAGGAUCCAAUUUCUCCAUACAAUAUCACCCAUUAAAAUCAGAAGAAUUAAGGAGAUGAUCACUUACUAAAGGAGCUCUUGAUUGUUAAACAAAUUCUCUUUGUCAGCUCCUCAGAAAAUGUAUUGAAAACAGAGUGGAGAAUGUGCAUACUGAUGUUAGGGUGUAAAGGGUUCAUUUUUUUUCUAUUUUUGCUGGGCAGAUGACUCCACUGGGGAGUAUUCAGUGUACACACAGUUUCAUGGACGUGAAAUUAUGUUUCAUGUAUCAACGCUUUUGCCUUGGACACCCAACAACAGACAACAGGUAAUGCAGCUCCAUUUGUAGAUUAAGGUUAAUCAAUGAAUAACGUAGUAACACAACUAAUAUACAUAGUCAAUCAUGUAUUUACAGUAUGUGGAUCUUGGUAAUGGGGGACAAACAUUUUUUCUCUAAAUACUUAAUUAUUUCUUUUCUUCUUUUGCAGCUUCUGAGGAAGAGACACAUUGGAAAUGACAUUGUGACAAUUGUGUUCCAAGAACCUGGUGCUCUUCCAUUUACACCAAAGAACAUCAGAUCUCACUUUCAACAUGUUUUUAUUGUGGUCAGAGUUUUCAACCCUUGCUCAGAUAACACAUACUACAGGUAUUUUUGUUGAUAUUCCUCUUAAUAUGGGAAACUGUUGUACCCAAUGUUGUUUUAAUAUGGUAGAAUGUAGCUAAGAUGGGGCAUUUUCUACACAGCCACCUCUUUUUCCUUUAAAAAAUGAUAAUUUGUGGUUAUAGCAACCCUUUUACUCUGCAAUAGUAAUCAUUUGAAAAAUUUCCCAACAAUUGCAAUACACUGUCAAGCAGACUGGUGAUGAGAAAUAAGGCAAUUAUUCUUUAGUGGAUAUUGUCUUAAUAGGACUUCAAGUUCUCACAAACAGCCAACAAAGAAAUGUAGGAUCAUUAGUUGGGAGAAUUAACUUUCAGAUCAUGGGAGUGACAGGGUAAAACAACCCAGCAUGCUUCCAAAUGCAAAUAAAAUGCUAGUAUGGUACACAGCCUGCGGAAAAUCUUGCUCAUCCUCCUCUCAAUACUUUGACUUUCUUAGGGCUUUAGAUAUCUUGGGUAAAUUAGUGGGUUACAGUCAAAUAAGUCCACACACAGUAACAUGGCUAAGAUACUGACCAACAAUGCACUAUACUUUAGUCAAGAUACAUGUAUGGUUUGUGACUGUCUGUAUACACCUUUCUGUACCUAGGGUUGCUGUAAGCCGUUCAAAAGAUGUUCCUCCAUUUGGACCAAAUAUUCCUGCAGGUGCAAAGUUUGGAAAGACACAGGCCUUUGCUGACUUCCUCUUGACCAAAGGUAGAGAACAUUCUAGUCUAUUGCACUGACAGUUUAAAAUAUUCCUUAUGACAAAACCUUAGGAAAAAAAAUUUGUGGAAACUAUAACUGUAUUGUAAAGAUUAUGGAACCCUAAGAACUCCUUUACAUGCACAGAUUUUUUAGAUAUUUUGGUGGGAUUACACAAACAUGUACAUGAUAACUGCAACUUUCUGUCUCCUCAAAAGUAUUAAUUAUUUUUUAAACAACUGCAAAAGCCCACAAGCUAGGAUGUCCCUUAUAUUUUGCUGAAUUGUUAACAUGUUAAAAUUGUACCAUUGUGAUAGUGACCUGAAAAGGAAGUCUCAGUUCAUUUUUUUUUCAAAUGGCAGUCAUAAAUGCAGAAAAUGCUGCCCACAAGUCAGAGAAGUUCAGUGCUAUGGCCAGAAGAACCAGACAUGAAUACCUGAAAGAUCUUGCCACAAAUUUUGUCACCAACACCACACUAGAGACUGGGGCUAAAGGAAAAGGUAUGAGAAGGCCUCCAUCAUGACCUUUGGACAUGUUCAUGGACAACAUAAUUAUUUCUUGAUUAACAUGAUACUCAAAAUUGAUUAGUACAAAGUUGCUACAGGUGAAGUGUAAUUGUUUUUAAAUGUUUGAUUGUAUAACCAAGGAGUGGAAUUUUAAAACAAAUGGUUGAAAUAAACAGUACAUUGUUUUUGUGAAAAUUUAGAGAUGGACAGUCAAAUGUUUGGGUCAAGGGCCUUCAGGAACUGAGUUACUUAUCUGAGAGCACAGAUUUUAGCGAUGAUUAACCCUUAAACUUCCAGAGGUGAUCAACAUGUAACUUCUCUAUCCAUAAAUUAUCUGGCAAACAGAUUAUGAGAAUACUCAAACUAAUCAGGUAGAAGUUGUUAUCUUGAUCUAAAACCAAAUUCUUGUAACUAAUUUAAAAGAAAUGUGUAUCAGCUAGAGGGGAGAAUUAACAAUGAGAUUUUGGGAGUUAAGGGGUUAAUAGAGACUAGAAGAGACUUUUUUCUUUUAUAGGAAUCUUGAGAUCAACCAAGAAGAAGGAGAAAGUUCGUCCUCCAAUUUCUCCUGAAAAAGUCUCCAGAGGUGCAUUGGUUUGGAAUGUGCAGGUACAUGUGUAAAAUAUGUUGGUUAAUAAUGUUGUGGUUGUAUUGGAUGGGUACCUGUAGAAGAUGUGAGAGGAGCAUAGAGAAGUGGUUAGCAGCAUAUUUAGACUCAGUGGAGGAAUGAUGACCAACUGAAGAAGCUCUUGAUUGUUAAACAAAUUCUCCUCGUCAGUACCUAAGGAAAUUUAUAGAGAACAGUAUGGAGAAUACAUAUUCUGAUUUUAGGGUGUAUAGGGUUAAGGAGAUGCAUGUGUGUGAAUUGCAGGUUGAAGAUUACAGGAAUGCCUCUAUGAUUGAGUGUAAGAUGGGAAUCUCUGCAGACAGUCUGGUGCUCAUUCACUCCUCAAGCAAAGUAAGUGAUCAAGAGCCCCUUGUGUGUCUGGUUUGACUUUACCUUACUCUGCAAUUACUCAGUUUAAAUGUUUCAAUUAUCUCGUGUUAUUUGAUUCAUUUAUUUAAUUAUUUCCUUUCAGGAAGUGCUAUUUAGCAUUCCAGCCAAGUCUGUCAUAGGAUGGACAUCCUUAUCACAAAGGUAUUUUUGGAGACAAAGCCUCUUGUUUUUCUCUACACUUGAAGUGAAUUUUGCUGUCCUUGUGUAAAAGUACAGGUUGAAGGCUUUAUUUGAGAUGUCAUCUUUAAGCCCAUAACCCAUAAGAGUGACUAGAAUCUGAUUUAUCCAUUCAAUAUCAGCCCUUAACUAAACAUAGGUCAGACAAAUAAAGGAAAUGAUCACCAAAUAAAGGCACUCUUGAUCAUAAAACAGAUUCUCCUUGUCAGCACCUUAGGAAAUUUAUAGAGGACAGUAUAGAGAAUAUGUGUACUGAUCUUUGGAUGUAAAGGGUUGAUAUACUUUUCCAAUUUCUUUUUGCUUUUCAUGUUAUUUUCUUAUAUGUGAUCAUCACGUCUUUUUUGAACAGCAUCAAAGUGUUUUAUGGCAGUGGUUAUUGUCUGGUGUUGAAUAUUCCAACACGUGAUUCAGAUGACAUCCCAGAGAUUGUCAGGCGACUGGAAGAAAUUUCUAUUGGUUGUCAGGUAAAACAGCAUGUUUGUGCUCUCAAAUGUCAAAAAUGGGAUGUUAGAACCUUCCUUGAUUAUUGACAAGCUACAGAACUUUAAUUGAGUGUAAUUUUUCUGCUCGGAUGAUUGUUUUAUGUGUUAUUUCCCGUUGUGUUCUGUGGUGGUUUUACAGGGCUUGGGGUUGAAAAUGAAAAAGAUUUCAGUUGAACCAGGGUAGAUACAUCUACAUACAAAUUAACUUUCGCAAGAUUAGUGUUGGUCGAAAACGAUACUAGAUAGAAUUUGAACCACAGCCUCACUUGAUUAACAGUUCAGUUGUUCAACACCAAGCUGAAGAGUUCUCAAGUGCGUCAGUGAACAGAACUUUCUUUAACAAAUCCAGAAGAGCAGAUUGGUUUUGUAUUGUUUUCAGACUCAAACAAUGACUUUGCGGCGAAAUGGUAUGGGACAGUUAGGAUUCCAUGUACGGUUUGAAGGCCUCAUUGCGGAUGUCGAGCCUUCUGGAUUUGCUUGGCAGGCAGGGCUAAGACAAGGAUGCAGGCUUGUGGAGGUUUGUGAGUUUGUGAUUGAGGAUAUACGAUGUUUUGUGCACAUAACAAUUUAUGUGGAAGUUUUUUUUUAAUUAUUUCCUUGAAAAGGAGAGCAUUUACAGCAUGUACAUCCUCAUGUUGCGAGAAUUUGAAUUUUUGCUUUUCAGAUGUUUGAUUAUAGAAGCAUGUAAAUGUAGUUUUCAUGGGUGAAGAUGGUGUUUGGUCGUUGCUCAAUUUAAUGUACAUGUACUCUUACAGCAACAUAGUUAUGUAUUUCAUACAAUUGAGUGGACAUUUUUCCAGUGAACUGCUACAUUCUCUGUCUCGCGCAUCUGAUUGGCUGAAAACGAGUGCCUCUUUCACGUAAAACGAGCGCAAAACUGUAACGAGUGCAAAGUUGUAACACAAGUGUAAACUACAAAUAGCGCGCGCGCAGCUUGAAUUUCGUCUGUCUCGACUUUCUGUGAUGCGUUUUUCAUGUAAACUAUAAACUUAUGAAAUUAUUGUUGUCUUUGAAAAAUUUACAACUGCUCAUUUACACCAAAUUGUACUAGAAAUCAUCUGGUUACUUACAAUUACUAUUUAUGUAGAUCAACGGGAUGAUAGUAGCCACACUGAGUCAUGAUCAGAUGAUUGACAUCUUGCGUAAGCCAGGUUCAGUGACGGCUGUGAUAGUGCCACCAUUCCAGAGUGGAAAGCCAAGAAAGUGCGUAUUUGUUUGUAUUGCCCUUUCGGCAUGCAGUGACUCGAUCUAUGUUUUUUUACCACCUCAGGGGUAUGCAGUGACACAUGUACACCCAUUUUGUUUCUUGCCCCAAGGCUAUGUAAUGACUCACCUCUUGUUGUUUUAUUAGCCCAGGGGUAUCCACUAACUUUCCUCUUUUUGUUUUAUUUUUUAUUUUUUAUUUUUAACACCGGGAGUACAUUGGGUUUCACCUUAUGUUUAUGUUACCAUGGGCCUGUAGAGUAACUUGCUUCCUUUUUUUUCUCACCCAAGGAGUAUGCAGUGACUCACUCUAGUUUUUUUUUCUCACCCCAGGGGUAUCCAGCCGACCACUGGUUCCUACUGGAGCUCCUCCAAUCGCGCCUCGGUCACAACCAUGUCGUCAUUCGGCAGUGCGUCAUCAGUGGCAGAGGAAGGCGAGUCACGUGAUCACUCGGCAGCCUCGUCUUCAUCCAUAUCAGCCCCUGACAAUAGUAGAAAACAGCCGCCAAAAGGUUUGAUGUCCAAGAACGAAGUGAAAGGGAAGGAGAGUCCAUGGAUCAUGCGCUCGAAUAAUGCGGCUUCCAUGGAUGGAAGGUAAGAAUGAAAUAGUGAUACUUUUAUGAUGUGUUUUGAGGUUUAUCUUUUUUAACAAAAAUUCAUGAUAUGACAUAUGAUAGUUCUGUGCAACACAUUGGACGCUCGACGUAUUAUAGAUUUAUAGGUGUCAACCGACUUGUUUUUACAUGUAUUUAUACACAGUCUUUAGUGCGCUGUUUGCGUUUUCUUAUAUCAUAUCUCGUAUUCCAUUUUGUUGCUGGUGAAGAAGACCUUCGUCAAAUCGUAAAGUGCCUUGUAUCGUGAAUUUCAGAGAUAUUGCUUUCAGUGCACGGUCAAUUGUGUACAUGGGAAAGCGAACUUUGCAAUGCAUCUUUAGCCGCUUUCAAUGUAUUCAUAGAAAUCAGUGUAGUUCAAUUUUAUUCAUGGCCCGAGGCGUUCUGUUGAAGACGCCCUGACACGAACUUUAUUUCGCGUCUUUCAGAGCUAUGUACUCAGUCUCCCGUCCUCCUGACCCACCGUUGUCGCCCAGUGCGAGCUCAGCCUCGUCUGUCAGCGGCAGCACGUCAACGCUUCACGAAACAUCACGACAACAAGCUGCUACCUACGGGGCUUCAUACACUGUGACAAGCAUUACUCCAACAGAUCCUAGACACCAGGCGUCCUCUGAAGCACACGUAGCGCCAAAAUGGAGCGGGCAUUUAGCGGUAGAUUCAGACCCACGGCCAGCCAAGCCUGUUGGUGUGACGUUAAAGGCCCAUACAGCUUCAGGCACCUUAUAUGCCAUCGCCAGCGGACCCUCGUCUCCGCCAGCGUCUCCGCGUACUCCAGAGACCCCCAUAUUUGGAAGUACUUCACAGAGACAUCGCAGAGUGGUUCUGAAUGGUCAAGGGGAUGGCAACACUCCCUUAAGGAUAGAGGGAAGUGUACAGGAUGGGAGACCACUAGCGGACAGUUAUGGUACUAUUCGUGUGAACAUUGAACCGUCAGUAGCGUCAAUGCCAAAUGACAAAGCACGAGAGCCAGAUGUUGCUAAUGGUGAGGUGAUGCAAGCUGCUGCUUUGCCUUUUAAAGAAACAAGUCUUGGAGCAGUUAUUACCACUGUCAAUACUUACAAACAGAAACAAAGUUACGAAGACAUCAGCGAAGCCUCUAUGUCUGACACUGUCGAUCAGAUCGAACGCGCGUUUGGUUUUAAAACACCUGACAUGAUCUCGAACGGAACUGGGAGCCUGGAGCGGAACAGCAGCAUGCGAGUGAAGAACGGAGACAGGAGCCCUUCCGAUUCUAUGCAGGACAUUCACCUGACCCGCCGUGUGCAGUCAGGGGAUUCACUGAAUCGAUACAGUGAUGAUGACGAAACUCCCAUAAAUAUUCUGAAACGACUGUCAAAAGAAGCCAACAGAGAACAGGACAGAGUGAAGCAGAGAAAGAGCGAAGGAGAUCUGCCACAUAAUAUGAUUAAAAGCAGGACAACCACUGUGGUCGAAGCAUCACCAACAUCGGUUGAAGUUAAAAAAGAAGCCGGAAGGAAGUCUGAGUACGAAGCGCGGAUAGCCGCAAGAAACCUGCUUAUAGAACGCUUAGAAAAUCACAGGCAAUCACUCGAAAGCCACAACGUAGAGGGAAUCAAAAUUUACCAUGCUAAAAGUAGAAGUACGCCGGCUGAUGGGGCGAAAAGGUUAAAUGGCGAAAAAUCGCACAAGGCGCGGCAGACCUCGCAGGAUGACAGUGCAAAGAAUUCUUUAGAGUGGGACGGUGUGGAAGGAGCGGGGAAAGGUGAUCAUUAUUUGAGGCGGAAGAAAUCUGCUCCUGAAUCAUCAAAUGUUAAGACAGUUCGUACUCCAGAUAAUUACCGAGUAGGCAAACCAGUGGUACGCUCUGAACGAAAAAUCCGCUUGACAAGUUCUGCGAGUUCGAGCGGUCAGACACCGGAAAAAAGUCAAACAGUACCCCGUCAGAGAUCAAGCCGGCGACAGAGGCAUGCGUCCAAACAGAUGGCUGCUGCCAAUGGUGGAAAUUCAGAUUCAUCUGAUGAAGGACGUAAUAAUCGAUUUUCGCGAAGUGGAGACUCCGUCGAUGCCAGUCCAUCCGUUGUGGAAAAGCUUCUUUUCACGCCCGAUAGCAACAAAAAGUCGAAGAGUCUCCCGCGCGAGUUGGAAUCAGGAGCGAUGCCACACGCGAGUGACUCGCGCGAAAUGCGGAGUCAUCGCUCGCAUUCUCAUUCGCACUCAUCACAUCUCAAAGGAGCGCGUAUUACUAAGAUUAAAAUGAGCGCAAGCGAGGAACCCAAUGAUUCUAUUGUGGAUCAGACCUCGCGGCUGUUACACGCCGCUAAAGCUGUCAAAUACGACAAAGGAUCUUCCCUUGUCAUAGCUGAAGAUGUGUUGCACUCACUAACUCGCGCGUCUGAUCUGCUCCAUCAUCAGUCGUCGGCUGCCAGGGAGGAGAAGGAAAGAGACAGGAAGGAUAAAGACAAGUCACUUAACAGAAUAAAGGCACCUGGUAAGUGUCGGGCCGGGAGGGACAGGAAUUGGGGUGGGAGGGGGUGGUAAAAAUAGGAAAACGUUCAGAAAGGAGAGGAGACAGGAUUAGGAAGGGAUAAUGUACGGUGUCAUUCAAAUUUCCUCUUUUCUUUCUAACUCUUUUUUCUUUUUUUUGAGAUAUACUUCUAUAAUAAUUUAAGAUUAGAUUUUUUGCGUUUAGUUACUCAUGACACUUGCGGGUACAAAGCUAGAUAAAAAUUACUCUGGAGGAUUUGACAAGAUCGAAAUGGAAAUAAGUUUCAUGAUUUUAGAAUUUUUAAGGCGGCCACCCUCUUUGUUUUACAUCUCGUCCUUGUUCCUUUUCGUCAUGGUCUGAAGAGUUUAAAAUUACCGGAAUAUAGGCUAGUUGUUUGUAUUGUGUAAUCGCCAAAAAUAACUUGUCAAUAUAAUUUAUGUUGGAGUUGGCGUGACGGCUUACACGACAAGUUGGAUGCCGUGAGAAACCGCGAGAAGCCGCAUUCGAUUUCGUUAACAGUGUCAUGAAUGCGGGUAGAUCAGAUCGAACUGCGGGAAGAAGAAAAUGGGAUUUAAGUACUAUUUUUGGAGUUCCAAAAUCAUGUCUGCAUCUACAAUAUCCGAAAAGUUUGGGUAAGGAACCAUAGAUGUCUUUUUGCGAUUACUUUUGGAUGAAUGUUACAAGUAUUUAAGUGGGUCAAGUUCACGAGCUAGAUGUAGUCGCAUGAAAUAAUCAAAGCUCCAAGCUUGAACGAAGGCCAGUCUGUGAACAAGGGAUUCACUUCUAAUCCUUGUUAACGUAGGCAGGUUCUCGAGAAUAUUGAAUUGAUUUUGUUCUUCAGGGGGAGAGCUGUUAGUUGGCCUAUGUUUUGUCGGCCGUAUUUGAUUAAUUAAACUAUGGACAAAGAAGUAAGCGAAUAGUUUACAUGACAUCUUGACUCGAAUUUGCGCAGAAUUUACGAGCUUUGUGCAUCGUUAAUUGCAUUUUUUAGUUGAAAGAAACUAAUCUCGUCAUGGAAUUCCGCUGAUCCUUCAACUUAGUGUCUGAGAUGUAACUUUAGGUCGUAGAUAUUUCCGUUCGAUAUCUGAGGAACCAAUCAUGCGGAUUUUACGCUUUCAUCACCUCACUGUUCGAGAUUUACAGUACGAAACUAUUUCUUGAGCCAUUUAUCGUCAGAAGAUAAGUUGCCCUCGAGCAUUUACACCAUUUUGGAAAGGAAUUCUAGAAUGAGCUAAUAGUGAGGAAACGGAAACGCUAGUUUCGCUCCAAUCAUUAUUUAUUUUUGUUCUGGCGGUGGAACGUUUUCAUUUUCAAGUUCGAUUUCAAACAAGUGCUAAUGUAAAUCUGAGAAAACGUUUAGUCGGUUGGAUAACUUUGGCGCGGGGUGAAGUUGCUGACUUUUCUGUAAUGGACUUAUAUUGACAUGUGUGGAAAUCAAGAUUCAUCCGAUGAAGGACGUAAUGGCAUGUGCGUGUAAUCUUUUUCACUGAAUAAAAUUAAUGUACCUUCGCUGUAAUUUUUACCACUAUGUCCAAUUUCCUGCUGUGAUAAACGCUUCCUGCAUAAUGUACUAUACUGACUUAGUCACCUACGUAAAUCUCCCGGUCGAUUUGUUUCAGACGAUAUUAUUUUGGGCGCGGACUUUGUGUUGCCAUCGGCAUUGUUUUGGCCUCUUAACUUGCCUCAGUUAUAUUGUUUUAGAGUUUAUUUUUGUCGUAGAUAUCUUACCCACUUACAUUCGCUUAUUUAUAUUUUCUUUGCGUUAUGUUUGUGUUUUGCCCCGCACGGAGAUGUUUGUCUGCCCUGUUUGAUCAGUUGGUGACUUAUUUUCGCUGUUUGAAUCUUAAUCACGAUAAUUAACGCAAGUCAGUUUUAAGCUCAGUCCCAAAACACCGAAUUCGCUAGUUUUGGUGAAGUCAGAUUCGUCUGCGAAGACAUUUAUGCAGCUUAAUAUAUUUAUCAUUGCCUCCCACUUACAGUGCGAUUUGUCAGGUACCUUCGCUAGCGUUGUGUGAUGUUUGGGCUGUGUAAGGAAGUCAGAAGUUUUCAUUACUUAUCACUGACGUAUCUCGGAUGCCUUCUGUUUAUCGUAAAACAAACUCACUAAAUGUACACGGUGAUGGAGGACAUCAACUCUCGUGACCUUUUCUUGGCUUGUCACUUUUCACCGGAAAUUGUGUGUAGUGCUAACGAAGAACUUUGCACCGGAAGCUGUUUUAGUUUUAGAUGGCCGAUACAGAUGUGUUUCUCGUGGAUUGUAAGAAUUCAAAGGAAGAGCUACUACAAAAUCUUGAUAUAACGUUUUUUCUGAAUUUUUCAAUAUUUCUAUUUAUUUUGACAAAUUUGUGCCAUUUAAACAGUAGCAGUCCAAUAUUUACGAUGUUUUCUUUCUCCAACUUAUUCUUGUCAAUAUUGUGAAGAGUGAAGAGCAUAAAUUUUAACGUGUUCUGUGAAAAACUUCCUUUGAAGAACGAAAAUUUUCGGUUCCUGACAAUCACACACCUAAAAAUAUCGCGAUGCGCGGUAGACUAUUCAUUUCAUUCUUGCAAAGAAUGUCUUUCGUGACAAGUAAGGUGAAGUCUCAAAAAAAUCCACAGAAAAUAAUCAUUUUGCAACAGAAUAGACGGCAGAAGGUGUAAUGAUUCAUGCGGAUUAUUAGUAGGAAAUGCGAAAAUACAAACUCAUCUUUGGAAUUAACUUUAAAAAGCAUUAAUCAGUUGUUGGAAUGUGAAGACUGUUUUGUGCGCCUAUUUUUGUUGUAGUGCACCUUUUUGCCUGAAAACGCAGCCGAGGUCAGUUCUUUCUCGAACACUUCAAGUGCUUGCGAAACUUCCUGCCGAGAGAACGUGUUUCUGACUAUCUCAAUCAGUGAGAAGAUAAGAGAGCUUCUCACGAGGGUUCAUCAAUUUAUAUAAUCCACCCCUUCUCUAGAAACGUCAGGUGCAAUCAUUUAAUGGACCUGCGACCGCCCAUGGUUUAUCUGAAUAGACGCACUGUAGCGUAAUAAACGAGCUUCCAACCUUCAUUGUGACGAGCGCCGCGUUCUGAGAUGUAUAACAAUGGCGCCUCGUGAAUUGUUGUAUGUCGUUUUCAGUUCAUAGUCCUCCUCUUCAUGCCUGUCUCCAACCCUCUGCAUGCCAAACCUGUCCGAAUCCUCUGGCGAACGAACGUACGGUCGUCGUCGGCCAAUGCAAGUGAGCUGCCUUAAUUAACGAUUAAACGUUGCAGAUUGUAAGUUUGUCGACGUUGUUUUUCUCGUUGAUUUUCAGGUCGUGGUCGUUCACAUGGACCUCACAAGUUUUACAUCCCUGUUGUGCCCAGGAGACACAGCUUCGAUGAAAGAAUAUUCGCCGCACCGGUUAGUGAAACAUUUCAUUUCCGUUUGUAAAAAUGCCAGUCUUGGAGUGUUUCCUUAACGUGUAAACUGAUUCAGUCGAAGGAAGAAGAGCGGCACUAAAUAUUCCAUAUUAAACUGCUUUAAUUGCGAGCGUUGUCACUCACAAUUGUAGAGCGAAAGAUUUGAGAAAGAUCUACUCGGAAAUUUCCCUCUUAUAAACAAUGACCGUUACAUUAUUUUUGUCCAGUUUCAAACAAGUGAAACAAAUUGAUAUGUUGUUAUUUGUGUGCAUUGCUUCACUGUUUUGAUAAAGUUACUCAAAGUUGUGUCCUUUUCGUGUGAAAUGAUGGUUAGAAUACUCCCCCCCCUUCCUGUUGAUUGACCGGUCUUUACUGCAUCUAGAUUCCAAUAUGCUUAAUCAGGUUUGCAGAAGACAGAUUAGUUAAAGAAUGCUGGCUCAUUUGGGUGGAAAAGAUUUUAGCACAAGUUAAUCGGACGUUUAGAGCGAGUUGAGUAAUUCAGGCAGAAUUCGAGAAAUCUGAACGAACUGUUUCGACCAAAACAACACAAUCUAUUGUGUCUAUUAUUUUGUCUUUUCGUUGAAAUGGCAUCACAUAUCAAUCUCUUCCUUGUUCUAUCGCUUCAGGCGUGUCUGAGGUGUGUAGCUAAAUAUACAGCUAGUUAAAUAUACAAGUUCCUUCUCGUUAAUAUUUUGGUUCGCUGAGUGCAUCUGCCAACUUUCUAACUUGAUUGUCAACUAUCACCAAGAAUCUUCUACUUAAUCAAGCUGUAGUUAAUUCUGUUUUAUAAGAAAGAACCGAAAUAUUCAAGAUUUUACGAGUUUGGACGUUGAGUCAUACCUUUAGAUCAAAAGAUUGUUGAUGGGGUAGAAAACAAUUGUUGAAACCUUAGACAACGCCUCCCAGUGAAAACGAAAGGGAAUUUUGACUCAGGAAUAUUUACCUUCUAAAAGAACAUAGGGUAACAGCUUUGUUUUACAAUGCGUUACGUUUGAGAAACCAACAGUUCUGCCCAAUAAUUUUUUUUACUUUAAGUUCACAUGAUGAAUUUUUGUCUUCGAGAUAAAAGCUUUGUAAGCCUCAUCAAACUCGUUAAUUAGAGUACAAGAGUGUAAAUUGUGGAAUUAUUUUAAUUGGAUUUUUAUCAUUCUUCAGUUGUGUAGCGACAUGGAUUUCGCUAAGUAAACUGUAUGCGAUCUCGGACAGCCACACAUACUUAUAUUACUUGACCUAACUUGAAUUAUUUUUUUGACAAACCAGUAGAAAAACUCUAGCCGUCUCUUAGUGGAUAUUUUGGUCACGCUCGGAUGCUUGUUUUCUGAUGUUGUUGCAUGCUGACAAUUAAACAAUGUGAAAGAGUUAUUGCAAUUCAAGUCACGACAACUUUGAAGACUUUUUUGUUUAUUCUUCUUACAGAGUGCCAAAGGCAAUUCUGGUGAAAGGUGAGUGUUGUGUGUGCACUUAUUUUUACAUCUAUAGUAUUUUUUAUGUCAUUUUGAUUAUUUUCAUUUUACUCAGGUAAAGUAAUGAUCCUCGCACGUGAGUAGCAAUAAUCCAUUUUACAGUUGUGUGCUUGGUUGCCAAGCCUUUUAACAAGAGUGAGGCUAAGGUUGACCUUCUUAUGAUACAAACCUUGCUGCUUUUCAAAUGCAAAGGACUUUGUUAUCAUGCCAACUAGAUUCUGGUCUCUAUCACAACAAGGUCACCUUCAGCCUCACUCCAAAUCAAAGACUUGGCAACUAAGUACACAAGUGUUAAAUGGCCUAUUGAAACAAUUGUUAGAAAGAAGCCAGAAGAUAAAUUAAAAAUUCAGACUUUGACGGGAUUCGAAUUCAGGCCUCCCAGGUACUAGUUGGGCGCUACUUCCAACUGAGUUACGAAGGCACACUCUCUCAUGCAGGGUCCUCUUUCCCGUGAGGAUUUAAGUAAACUGUUUUUAUCCUUAAGUCAGUAAGGUGUGGCUUAGCUAAUUGUUAAUGUUUAGUUCGGUCAAAAAGUUAUUUUCUGUAUAGGAUCUUUGCUCUGCCUGGCACUGUUUUUAACUCGACAUUAACUGGUUUUUUUGUGCAAAGUUCGAUCAAGAAUUUUUGCAAUAGUUUUCUCCUCCAACAUUUUUAAAAUAUUACUUCUUUAACAUAGUCCAUCACGGACUUCGGCUGUCAUAACAUUAAACUUAGGGAAGGAAUUUGUUGUCUAAUUGCUUUUGCUUUUUUGAUAUAAAUUUCAGUCUGCUGACGAGAGAGAGUAUUGGAAAGGAAGCAGAACUUGAGAUGAAACUUGCAAUCGUGUCAAACGCCUUGAUGAAGGUACAGUAUUCUCCUUUGCAAAGACUAUUAUUAAUUUUUGCUUUAGCCCCCAUCCUCCCCUCCCCCCCUUCUUUUUUUGGAGGACGGCAUAUUAUUUUGUGUUAACAUAAGGUACGAAUGAGGAUUAAGAGACAAAUAAAAAAAAAAUAAGAAAAGAUUAAAAAAACUACAACCUCAUAAGAAACCUGUCACAAACUUUUCGACAGAAAUUAUCCCAUGGAUAAUGUUAAUAAUAACAUUUCCGUGCCUCUACAUCUUUAAAUUUUCUGGUGGAGGAUGGCCCCCUUCUCUCCUUCAGGAGAAAAUAUGCCCCCCCCCCUCCUUGUGAAAAGGAGUCCAGAGAUAAACCAGAACAGCUGACAAUAACAUGUUCGUGCGUGUGAGUCUUAUUUACAAGUAUUCGUGUCCUUUUUCACAGGAAGGAGAAGAGAGACACCGAAUGGAUGUUGAAUUAAGAAGACUUCAGAGAGAAAACAAAAGACUUCAAGAUGAUCUCCGGACCGCCUCGCACCAACUUCGGAAAUUUUCCGAGUGGUUUUUCACGUCAGUUGAACCAAGUAACACGUGAUACAGACACCAUGAAUUGUUCGUUGGAUAAGUUUCUAUUUUAAAACGUUCCUACAUCGUUCAUAGAGUUAAGCCUUUUAAAGUAUUAUUGAACAAGUAACGUUUAUUAAGAGAAAGGUGCUAUUCUUUACAUAUCUAAGAUUGAACUGGUAAAAUAGCUUGAAAGAUGUU